AUGGACUCUGGCCUUAAUCCCUCCCUAGGAAGCCUCCAUAUGCUGGAUAUUUGGCAUUUGUCCUUUCUUUCGGCAGAAAGCGUUGAUUCCCAGCAGCCCCUCACGGUAAGUGUCCAUGGGCAUGGCGGAGAAUAUGAGGCUGAAGAGGAUGAGAGCGAGUGCACAACCUUGCUUCGCCCAUUGGUCACUGCAAAUGCAUCAGAGAUUGCCUUGUUGUCUGUGACGUGCGCCAUAAUUCCGCCGUGUGGUGGUCUUAACAUUGGCACGAGUCAUUCUGGACAUCCAAAAUUCAGCGUAAUUUUCCAGUCUGCCGCGAGUGGUAACGCCAAAGGUCCUUUUUGGAUGCACAGCAGUAGUGUUAACGGACCGUGAAAAUAAUGUUCACGGCACAACGGUGUUUAAAUGUGCUUAAAAAUGAUUCCCUGUUUCAGACGUGUACUCAGGCGAAUGCGUAGGAUACGGCUGAGGAUUGUACUUUCAAUUUUUCAGAAGGAAAUGCGCCUGUGACUAUCGGAGAGUUACUAGUCCCCUUUGCGUUUUUAUAUGUGGACGAUGGUGGGAUACUUGGAGUCCUAUGGAAUGAGUCCUUGAAUCGGUAUUCCCGGAACAUUAAAGUAGGCUUGUCAGCGAGGUAGAGGCGGCCGCAUUAAAAACUGUCGAUGGAAAUGGGUCAGCGUCCGAGGUCAUUUCGUUAGACAGUUGUUGCAUUGCCCUUUUUUAUCUUCUGAGGGGAUGAUGAAUGAUCGAGCUCCGCUUUGGCUUCCACAUGAAGAAAUUGGUUAAAUGCUUCCUUGCAGGUCUGGACUGGUUGUUAGGAGCAUCCUUGAGGUGCGUGGCCAGAGGCUACAGGAUGUGCGACAUCUCUAGUAGUAAGUUUGCGUUGUAUUGACUGUACAAUCUCCUUAGUAUGAGGACUGCAGACGUUUUUGCAGGUUGUGAGGAAAUUCUUCAUCUCAUCACGGUCGGCGUAUCAUUGAGUUCAUUCAGUUUUACGGCUCAGUCAAUCUUUCCGCACUCUCUUUGGCAUUUAGUGUACCAGGCUUUGUAGUCAACAAUAGGCAACCUUAAUGGCGUCAGUUCUGUCGUUGACUUGGAUCGAGUGCGAACUAUCUCUCUAUGAAGGUAGUCGUCGGAUUUAUUCGUCGUCUUCGCUGAAGCAGUCUUUGGUGCUGUCGGUGUGCACGAAAGGCAACUCCCAGUGCGCUGUUCGGAAGAACAUCCUACAUUUCUGUCCACUUGCUCUCAACUGUCGCGUUCGACUCGGGGUUUGCAGUUGUUUCAGUCUGAGAUUCAGGCGACUAAUAAAAAUCGGUUGGCGUUUGGUCGUAUCUAGUAGAUUGCGUUUAAUUGCUUACCUCACGGACGCCCGGGACGUUUAAGUUGAAGGCUCACUUUAGAGGCGACAAAAGUAUAGCCCACUAUCAGUCUGCAACACCCACUGCAUUGGCUAUGCCUCUUGACAUAAACGUAGUCCAACAGUUUCCAACGAUGCGAGCGGAGAUGCAUGCACGUAAUCCUCCCGUGAUCGGAAAGCGGAAGAGUGUGUUCGUUAGGAGAAAAUUGCUAACUGCGGAUCUACAGGAGGGAAGUCCAUUCCUCUUACAGCUGCCGAUGCCAUGGCAACUCAACAGUCCCUCCCUAGGGCGUGGUCAGGGCCAGCAAGAGGACACUUAAGUCAUCAAGGACAAUUUGCCCGUGUUGGGAACUUUUUAGGAGGGCACGCAGGACCUCAUUGAAUAUGCUGAAGAUUGGAGGAGAGUGUCGAACAUGUUCCCGCAGUGCAGCAACCUUAUGAUCAUGAGAAAAUUGUUCAUCUCCAGCGUCCUGCAAGACAACUAUCUCUCGAUGCCACCUCGUCGGCAGAGUCGACUCGAGCGUCUCGUCACCCUGUCUCUGGACAUUCACUGCAGAAGAAGGUACAUCUGGCGUUCACUUCCUCCAAUUUUUCCCGUCCGAAGAAGCUGUCCGCGCCGAUAACCACAAUGUCCACUAUGCAGCGGGCAAGGUUCGGGGCGGUCAGGUUUGUCUUUUCCUCCGGCCGACUGGCCUCCAUAGUACCUAAAAGUGCAAAAAACGUUGCAGGCUCUCAGAGUGAUUAAUGUAACUUUUGCAGACUGUUGGGAGACAGGGGGAUUUAUAGCGGUGAUGGUGGUUGUUUGGCAUAGUGUUUCGAGCGCGCAUAUGUUGCGUUCACAAGCCACAGUUGGCCUGUCGAUGGCGAGUUUCACCAACAUCUUCUAGGAUACACCUUCUGGCCUCUCUUCUCGCGAGAGGCUGUGCAAAUCUCCUCUAAACACGCUUGCUUGGGCAUCUCAUGCAGUGACUAAAUUCCACCGUGUUUUACGUUUUUGGUAUAACGGGAAGACGACCUGAAUUAGACUGGAUCCCAUGCGAAAUUGCGUAUGUUCUUUCCCCUAGAACAUCUCUAUACAGUGAUGACAUAUGAUAGGGAUUUUUUAUGGACUACCGGGCGUGGAGGCAGACAUUCCGGACACUCAUAUGGCUUGCCCCCUUAAAGGAGGACGUUUAAAUGUGGUCUUUGGUGUCUAAACAGCCCCUUAGGGGAGAGAUUAUUACGUGUUUUCAAGAAUGGGGUCAAUGAACGUGAAUAAUUUAGGAUCUGUUUAUUUGCUAUGGUUACCUAACGCUCCUGCCGAGGGAUUCAUUUCUCACAGUAGACACGCAAACAUCAGGAAUGUUUAACUCAAUUUUGAUAGCCUUGAGUAUGCGCCGCCUUUUAUUAAACAUUUGGCCAUCUCACCAGAUAGGAGAGAGGCUUCUUUAGUUCGCAGACUCUGAAUGCAACGGGCAAACAUUGUCACCCUCAGAGAAAUCCUGCUUCCAAGCGAAGGAACACUGGUACGGUUGGAAAGUGACAAAGGCGGCACGCGUUGAUAAAUCCCAGCGACCACCGAUCGCAAAUUUGCCGAUACUCAACUUAAAAAAAGAACAACUACUGCCCAAGAAACCCGAAAGGCUAAAAUGAUGAACGUAACGCUUUCCGAAAAUCGUCAAUCUGCCAUGUUAAGUCUUCGAAACUGUGGACAACAGACUUCCGAAAAUCCCAAUCAAGAUCGACCUCUUCCUUCUAACAUCUCUGGAGUAAACGAACUGUCAAUUUCAAACGUUCGAGUUCCGUCGGGGUAGACAUAAGAAUAAUGGCGUGUCCGAAGGAUUUCAAAAUGUGUGCGUUGUUCACCUCUACAAACGCAAAUGAGACCGAAAAAUAAACAAGAGUGGUCAAAAUCCCUGGGACUAUUUCCGCACGCAACAGGCCGAAUCAGCUUGCUACCGAUGUAGUGAGAAUUCUUUAAGGUGGAAUACAUGGCACUAGUAUCUGCAUCAUGUCUGUUUGCCCGGAAACCGCUCUCGAAAUAAUAAAAAAUAACUGAAUCUGGAGGAUUAGGAAAGAAUCUGGGUGUUCAUAUGCGCGGGACUAGUGAGAAAAUUAUGAGAACGCAGGAGACCCUUUUAAGUCAUAUUUACCGUCUACGGAGUAGAUCGUCCAAGAACUAAGAUAUAAAAAGAAAAUGAUGGCCGACUAUUCAAAGCCCGUUGUUUGUGGGCCCUAAUCAAUUUUUCGACGGCCGGGUUUUGUGAACUAAUAUUCACCGAUGACUGGGUAUGCUUAACCUUCAAACAGAACCAGAUAUCCUGCAUCGGUUAGACUUCCGUAUGCUCGAGCACCCGACUGACCGUGGAUACGACGAAGAGAGCUACCGUGGGGUAACAGAUGCCGGCUACUCAGUGCAAGUGAUCUUUGACAAGAUUACUGAACGGCUGCUGCAACGUACUAGAAAGUCUCUGUCAAACGUGGAACAGAACCAAAAUGACCCGUUAGGUCCUGCGCCCAAUCUCACCUUGCCCUUACUCUGUCCUUUUCCGAGAACACUCUGGACGGGAGAGAUGGAACAAGGCUGGCGUUAACCAAAUGUGUAUCCCUAUCAUUCAAUUCACGCAAAAAUUUCAUUUUGGAGGUUUGUGGUGCCCACUAAAGCCAAUGGAUCUAGGGCAGUUGAGCUAGAGGGACUCUUAUUAUGUUAAGGAGGUACUAUCCGAGCAAUGCCUAGGUUUAUGUGCAUAUUUUAAGUCCUUGGCCCAUGUGGUGCGUGAACACACUAGUGUCCCAUGUGAGCCUUGCCUUGCUCGUUGUAUGGUCAUUUCUGCGUGCCAAAGGUUGAAUGCAUAAAGUUUGCUCAAGUGCAAUUUCAGUUCGCUUCUACCCCGCACAUCUCGCAUCCCACUUACCAUCAUUCCACACCAGAAACUGGCCUUUUAUCGCAAGGAUGAUUUGCACUAGACUGCAUCACCCGUCCUGCCUUUUUGUCAACCCAGUGGAAGGCACGGAUGGCAAGAUCAAGUUUCACCUCCCACUCUUUCCCAGGCAUUCAUGCGACCUGGCGGUCCGUGAAGGUCGUGUAUUUGCCUCCAAACGGGACUCCAGCGAGGCGCUCUUUUCAUUUUUUGAACGUUUCACGAAAAAUCUCAACAACUACUUCCACGCAGUGAAAGAGAAGCCAGGCUCCGCCAUCCACCGGUUACAGACCACCCAAAUGAAAUUAAUGUCCAACCCUGACUCCUCUCCCGAGGAAGUGAAAUCUUCUUUGACCCUGACGGAGGCCUUCCUUGGCGGCGAGCAUGAACUUCAGUUGCGAAUAUUUUGUGAGGUUUGCGGUAGUGGACCCGAGCCUAAGAAGCACCAGUUUCAUGUCGAUGUCCAACUCUUUUCAGCUUGGCUUAAGUCCUGCUCGUUGAAUUUGCUUCCCCAGGUCGGCUGUCCUAUCCUACCUGCCCUAGAUGCCAGUAACUUCUCCCUGGAACACUCCCAAUUCCAAUGGUUUGUCUCCAAGGUGAGGGCCUGCCGCCGUCUGAGUUUAGAUUCCAGUAGAUAUGCGAUCUCAUGAAAUAUUAACCGAAGUUUUGGAGUGUGAUUUCGUUUGGAAAAGAUUACGUAGGUACUGCUGUCGUUGUUGGACAUCUCCGAACCAACUGCACCUCUCGAACUGCUCCAGCCAUCGUCCCCCCGCCCGCCUCUUCCUCCUCCCUUCCGCCAACUAACUCUGACACUCCUUCUGCACCACCAAUUCCAUCCUCCUCGUCCUCGUCGUCCUCCUCCCUCUCCACUGCCCCAUCGGCGGCCGUCCAGACUGCUGUCUCACACAUCACCAACACCAACACACCAACCAACAUCACCUCUCCCACCUCUCCCGAUCACAGUGAUGAGGAUCAGGUCUACACCUGCCCUCACUGUAACCGCACCUUCAUCUCACGCAUCGGCCUGGUCGGUCACUUGCGAAUCCAUCGCACAGAGACUGGCGAACCAGUGCCUGGAGCACCAACCUACACCCACCGCACUCGCCUCCACUGCCCACAAUGCCCUCGCACCUUCACUCAUCGCAUGGGUCUAUUCGGCCACAUGCGCAUCCACGAGAGCGGAAUUGACCGCAGCCUUGACACAUCCACCCCGCCGAGCCCCACACCCAAUCCACCACCUUGUGCACCCACUAACCACUCCCCAGCCGACAUCGACGCCACCGACCUUACCACCCCUCACUCCUCCCCUUUCUCCUACUCUUCCUCCUUCACUGCCACAACGACGGCCGCUUCGGCGUCUGUCGCCCACGACUUCACCACAGCCGAACCUGACACAACAACCGGCACAACCCCUGCGACCUCCAUCAUCAGACGUGAGGGCCAGGACUACAUCUGCCCUCACUGCGAUCGCACCUUCACUUCACGCAUCGGCCUGGUCGGUCACUUGCGAAUCCAUCGCACAGAGACUGGCGAACCAGUGCCUGGAGCACCAACCUACACUCACCGCACUCGCCUCCACUGCCCACACUGCCCUCACACCUUCACGCAUCGCAUGGGUCUAUUCGGCCACAUGCGCAUCCACGAGAGCGGAAUUGACCACAAUUCCGAUACAGCCACGACAUCCAACACAUCCACCACGCCCAGACCAAUCCUCGCUCCACCGUCACACGCGUCGACCACCACCACCAACAUCACUGCUUCCUCUACAGCUGACACCGACACCGCCAACCUCUCAUGCCCACAUUGUCCACGCACCUUCACCUCACGCAUCGGCCUGGUCGGUCACUUACGAAUCCAUCGCACAGAGACUGGCGAACCAGUGCCUGGAGCACCCACCUAUACCCAUCAAGCUCGUCUCAACUGCCCACACUGUCCUCGCACUUUCAGGCAUCGCAUGAGCCUAUUCGGCCACAUGCGCAUCCACGACGACCUGCGGUAG